CCACCCCCACCCCCACCCCCAUCCCUCCCUCACCCGCUGCCAGCGCGGGUCCGCCGGUUGCCAUGGAGAACUCAUCCUCGGUGGCUUCCGCAUCGUCCGAGGCGGGCAGCUCUCGUUCGCAGGAGAUCGAGGAGCUGGAGCGCUUCAUCGACAGCUACGUGCUGGAGUACCAGGUGCAAGGGCUGCUGGGAGAUAAGGCCGACGGCGAGACGGACGGCGACGGCGGCGUCAAGGCGUCCCAGUGGACGGAGGAAUACAAUGACAAGAGAGAUGGCAGCUGGUCAUCAUCCAGGGGAAGGGGCUCGUCCAAACCGGACGAGUGGGACCACAGCAGUAACGGCAGCACCGGCUCCAGGCCCAGCUGUGGCUCCAGACCCGGGUCGGGGUCCCGCUCCGGCAGCAGGGGGCGCAACAACCAGUUCACAGCCCCAGCCAAGAACGGGAACAGAGAGGGCUCCUUGGACAUCCUGGGGACUGACAUCUGGGCCGCCAACACCAUGGACUCACACGGGGGUGCGGGCUGGGACGUGCAGCCAGAGAAGCUGGACUUCACCCAGUUCCACCGGAAACUCUGCCGCGCAACGCCAAAGCACCUGCCGCACAUCGACAGAGAGGGGAUGAUUAAAGACAAGUUUGAAGAGGAUGACGGCAUAGACAUGAAUGACAUAGAGCGAUUCCUCCCUCACUUGCACUCAGCCUUCCCGCCCUUGCCUAAUGAGGCUGAGAUCGCGCACACCAAAAAGCUCUUCAGACGAAGAAGGAGCGACCGACGAGUUGUUGAUCCGCUUAGCAGGGACCAGAUCACCAUACUGCUGCCUACAGGCCCGGGGGGACAGCGCCAAGUUUCAGCAGCCAGGAGACAGCAGCGACCACAGGGACCCGGCAAGACGGGCCAGAGCCAGAACCAGAACCAAGCGCCCCCUCCCCCACAGCAGCACUCCCCGCAGCACCAGAGGGAUCCGUCAUCCCAGCAGCAGCAGCUCUCCCCGAACCAAGACCACCACCACCACCACCACCACCACCAAGACCACCACAACCACCACCAUCAAGACCACCACCAACCACAGGACCAAUCGGGAGACAGCAGGAACAAUGGCAACGGCAGGCCCUUGCGUCAGAACCAAGGAGGGGGCCAUUAUGGCCAGCGCCACGGGGGCCCGCCACACCACGGCUACAGCCAGACCCGGCGCUGGCAGUACAACCAGAAGGGCCCGGGCCACGGCCAGGGCAGCCCCACGGGGGACAGGGGAGCCCCGCCCAGGACCACCACCCCCACCUCCGGCAGCGCCACAACCACCAAAGACAACGAGACGCCUGCGGUGGAGAAUGUAAGGAGCGGCGACCACAGCAGAACCCCCCGGCUGGAACCAAAGGACCACCGGGGCGGCGGCGGAGGGGAAGCCCCCCACGACCCCGCUCCGUCCGGGCCCAGGGCCAAUCAGAAUUCCUGCCGAGACCGGGCGCUCAGUCAGGAGUCCCCCAGCCCCCAGCCGGCACCACCGAGACCACAGAGCGGGGGGAACGGGGGGAGCGAGGGGCGGUCGGGCUGCCCCAAAGUCACCCUCCUGCAGUCGUCGAAGGAGCGGCUGAGGCGGAGGCUAAAGGACAAGGACGAAGCGUGCGUGGUGGGCAAAGGCGCGGGCUCGCAGCGCAUGGACCGCCUGGUGGAGCUGCUCAACAGCAUGAGGAGCAACAGCAGCGGCGUUGAGCAGCAGCUGACCUCCUUCAUGGAGGAGGCGCAGGGCUCGGCGCGCUGCGAGGAGUCCCUGGCCCAGGUGGUGGCCACCCUCUACGGCACGGCCACGGCGGACCGCAGCUUCGCCGCCACCGCCGCCAAGCUCUGCGACAAGAUGGCGCUGUUCAUGGUGGAGGGCACCAAGUUCAGGUCGCUGCUGCUGAACAUGCUGCAGAAAGACUUUGCCCGUAGGGAGGAGUUGCAGCAGGCGGACGUAGAAGGUUGGCUGGGCUUCAUCACCUUCCUCUGUGAGGUGUUCGGCACCAUGAGGAGCAGCGCUGGGGAGCCCUUCAGGGUCCUAGUACUGCCCAUAUACACCUGCCUGCGAGAGCUGCUGGAGUCCACAGACGUGAAGGAAGACGCUGUCAUCUGCUGUUCUAUGGAGUUGCAGAGCGCCGGCCGCCUGCUGGAAGACCAGCUCCCCGAGAUGAUGACGGACCUGCUGGCCGCGGCCCGCGACAAGAUGCUGUGCCCGGCCGAGUCGCAGCUCACGCGCUCCCUCCUCAUGGAGGUCAUCGAGCUGCACGCCCACCAGUGGAACCCCCUGGGGCCGCUCACCACCCAGUACUACAACCGCACCAUCCACAAGCUCACCGCCGCCACCUAGCUGCUGGGAGGCUGUGCUGCUGCUGCUGCUGCUGCUGGUUGAGGGGGUUUUGGGAGAGAGAGUUUAGGGUGUAUGGGAGAGGAGGUCCCGUACUGUGUCGCUGGGGGAAGUCUAACCCUAGGCUAGACGGAGCCCUGGCUCUCAAUGCUGUCUGGCUCUGGCUCCUGGCCCUUACCCUGGCCCUUACCCCUGGACCUAACCCCUGGCCCUAACCCUGGCCCUUACCCUGGCCCCCUGUUCCUAACCCCUGGUCAGGGCAGUCCUACGCAGGCUCAACGCUUUCAUGAGAUGCUGCGACUUGAUACACACUACUAGCACAUUACCACUACUACACUAGGCCACGAGGCCUAGAGUAACAGUCUUUGGCUCUGAGGUUUGGGAUACCAGACCUAGACUAAAAGUCCUAGACUACUAGACUUUGGCUCUGAGGUUUGGGAUACCAGACCUAGACUGCAAUCCUAGACUAGCAGUGUAUGAUGUCUUGGCUUUGGGGCCUAUUGGCUAAAUAGGCCUUGGAAACAAGGCCUUGACUACGAGCUCUGGACUACUAGUCAUUCAAUACCUAGACUGGGCCCAGACUGGAUCUAGACUGUACAUCAGUCAAGGCAUCAGACUUAAGUCCUGCCAUUAUCAAGCCACUAUCCCAGUUUUCCAAUCUAUCGGGGCUUAUUGUAACUUUAUUACAAUUUUGUUGGUCUUCGUCUCUAUUAUUUAACCUUUUUGUCAUCCAGUAAUUACGGAAAUAUAUACAUUUUAUAUUAAAAUCUGCAUAUUUUAAUGGUGUGAUUAAAAAAAAAAAUAUAUAUAAAUAUAUAACAGAAUUUGCGACCGUAAACCUAUAAAAGGUUACAAAAAACCAUUCCCCCAACAUGGCUGGGACGAUGUCAGCGUCUCAUCGUGGAGGCUGUUGUAUCCGUUCGUCUCCCCGACACUUCGGCGAGCACAUGAAACAAUUUGGCACAGAUGAGUGGCACACUACGAAAUUAAUUAGUCUUUGUUGGGAAAAGAGGAAAGGAGGGCGGGGGAAGAAAAAUGAAAAAACCCAUGAAAGGUAAUGGGAUUCUACACGGCCGGGUCACAUUUAAUGAGGAACACCUGUCGGCAGCAUCGUGGGGAGCCCGCUCUGAUCUGGGAGACGACCGGAUUGGCGCGGCAAAGCCAGCGAUGCGCUUAUAUCCCGAUUUGUGGAUUUCAAUGGAAAUGAAUCGUGUGAUUUCGUCGCAAAGUAGUGCGUACGUAAUUGCCGUGGAGGUGUGCGGCGCGUACUAUUCUCGCAAGUUGUAUUUGGGAAGAAGGUACUUUAGAAAUAUGGGAAAUGUGAUGUGUGCGCCAUAUUGUCGCCACUCAUAGUCUUUUUGAGAUCGAGAUGCUUUUUCUUGAGGACUAGACUCGCUCAACCGCUAGAUGCAGCAUAAACAGCUCCUUGCAUUUGAAACGAAUUGCCAGUGGCUCUCUGGUGCGUCUCUGAGCCAACAUCAACAGCCAAGGCUAUUAAUAGGACGAACAUUAUGGAGUCAAGCAGGGUUUAACACCAACACUUAAUGCUCUUGUCUUUGACGCUAUUUUGUUUCUUACCCCCACACUAAAUAUAAUGAUGGGGUCCCAAGAAUAAACUGGCCCAACACAACAUCCAAAUUUGUUGACAUUGAGGAUUUAGCUUUGGGAGAAAGUAUGUCAUGACAGAAUACACAAUCUAAACUUGAUUCAAUACCAGUGUUGUGUGUUUAAUUUGGGUGGUGCUGUUUCCAACCCAUCCUGGGAAUGGAUCUGUUCCAAUGUUCGGCUCAAUGUUUUCCUCGAACACGGCCCUCCUUUGAGCUAUUCAAACAUAACCGUAACCUUUUAAUCACCCAUUGGUUUAGUCACACGUCCCAGCCAAUCAGCUUAAUUAUGUUUUGCAACAUUUGCAUAUUCAUGCCCACAUUAUUUUAGCCUAAUGGCCGUAACAGGAGGCGCCAUCCAGUCAGACAUGAUUAUGUCCUGGAGUAGACCACAAAAAGUCUGUGUGUGUGUCCCAAUACACAAAUGGAGACUGUGGGCCGACCAGUAGGGGGUUCCUUGGUCACAAAAUAAGGGAGUGUGCCAACGGCUAAAAGAGCAAAUGAACAGUGUUUUUUUUUUUCUUUGUCUGGUUAGUAGAGGGGGGGGGGGGGGGGGGGGUUGUGGCUUGGAGAGCAGGCGACCCUCCGGUCCGCUGGGGAAUAUCAGGAUCCCCUCCCUGAAGAGCUAGAUGGAGACGGGGUUAAGGUAUUCCAUGUCUCAUUUCUCUCUUUGUGUGUAAAAAAGAAAAAAAAAAAGAAAAGCCCGGCCCUCCUCCCUGCCCUUUGUCUGCCUCUCUGUCCUCCCCCGGCCCCCCCCCAGCCGCCGCCCACGCGACCACCCCACCGCCCCACCCCCAGUGCUGUCUCAUCAGUAGCCCCCAAGGGUGGUUCUGAGGCUUGCUGGCUGGCUGGCUGGCAGGCUGGCGGAGGUAUAUGGAGGAAGGGUAGACAUGGGUCUGUCUGCCUCCCUCUGGAGCCAGGGAGCGGGGUCAUGGGGCCAUGCCGGCAGCCAGCCCUCCCAGCCCCCCCAAACCCCUACUUCCACCCCCUCUCCUCCACGCCUCCCUCCUGCCUUUGUUCCCCCCCCCCCACCCCCCCACCCCUGCAGGGAAGCCCUUCUUCCUGCAGGGAUGAGACAGCCGGCCUGCUGGCCCGGCCCGCGGAUCAGGACGGCUUGGGCCGGGGUGGCAGAUGGCCCGCUUGAACCCAUGUGGGACGGCACACUCCUGACCCCCCCCCCCCCCCCCCCCCCCCCCCCACACGUAGCCCCUUCUCCCUCCCAGCCCCCAGGGCCAGAGCCAGACCCCAGACCUAGACGUCAGCCCCACUGGGGCUCCCCAACAUAAGGACCUCAGAGAGAAGGCUGCGAUGUGGGACUGAAUGGGGGGGGGGGUUGUUCAUAAGAAAGAGCUGAAGAGGAACAGGACAUUUACUCUGAGGAAAUUUGUUUUUAUUGUUUUUAUGAUUAUUAUUGUUGUUGUUGUUGGGACCGGGAGGUGCUUUCUGUAUUCUGUCCAGCUGUCGUUUUUAUGUAUAUAUUUUUUAUCAUGUUUAUUAAUGUAUUAUUAUUAUUUUGAAGUUACAACGAUGACGCGACUAUAUAUUCUAGUAGUAGGCCGUAUUGCACAGGUUUUCGUUUGUUUUUGCACUGUUUUAAAGGAGAUCUGCUUUUAAAAGUUUAGAAGGAAAAAAAAAAUAAGGAAAGAUAAAUUGAAACUGUGGUUGUGAACGAGCAUUGAUGAAACCCAAGCGACUGCACCACCACGGCUGGGAGAGAAACCAAGUGGGUGACGCGCCGGACCCUUAGUGGCCUUGUCUGCCAUCACCAUUUUUGUAAGCGCAUUCUUGUUGUUUGCACCGAGCAUGCACAGCCCGACCCAGUGAAGGCUGCUCUUGAUUGUUCUGUUAAAAUUAAGACGUAAACUCACAUCCAGCCACCCACUGCGGACAGGGAAGAGGAAAGUGAAAAAGAAAACGAAUGAAACGUUACUAAUAUUGAAAAAAAAUCGAGCAAAAUGUGACUGGGUAUUAUUGCAGUCCUGCAUACCCCGUGAUUCUAACGGACUGGCUAACGUGCGCGUGCUAUAUUAACAACACGCUAGUGCGACUGCUAAUCAUUUGUAAAUGGACAUGAUGUAUUCGCUAGAUUACGAUAUAUUUACUACGAUGUAAAAUAUUUAAAAUCGGAAGAGGGAUAGGUCUCUGCAGAAUUGUUCUAGCUAAAUGGUCGUUUCGGUUGUAUGGCGUAGAUGUUGGCCUUCCUACGUGUGUUUUUUGGAAUUAACAUACAGGAAAUGCUUCAUAUUGAAUUGCUAAGGGUGAAGUCACACACACAUACACUCACUACAUUCAAAGACUGUGUUAACUAUUGAGUUUCUGUGGGCGGUUUGAAGUUUGUUUGUUUGUUGUCCAUCUUGUUUGUCUUGCAUCAAGAAUCCACGUCCGGUGAGAUAAGACCCAGGUCGUCUACGGCAUCGUGGUGUUUUUGAGCGAUCACAACGUUUGUUUUGUUUUAGAAGGUGCCGCCUCUGAUCUGUCAAUUUACAUUUGCCAACAGGAUGAUUUUAUUUCAUACUUCAAAUUCGUUUGGGCUUUUUAAUUUCAUUUGAUUUGAAGGCUACUAUUUAAUUAACCAACGUUUGUAUUUCCACUAUAUAUAUCUCAAAUAUAUAUAUAUACCUAGCUUGCUGAGACGUGGGUCAGAAGUGUGGUCAUUACCACGUUUUUAGUAUGUGCCACACAAACGCCUACCAAGUAAAUUUCAUUAUGCAAAGAGUGUCUUGCUCACAUUGGACAUGGGUGAGGCGUCUGUAGCACUGGAGCGACCCCUCCCCCACGCCCUUUGACCUCCCCCCCCCCCCCUCGAGGGGUCAUGUGACGACUGAAUGCUACGUACCUUCAUUUUCAUAUUCUCAUGGAGAUUGAAACUAAAAAGGAACAGAGAGAGAUGAGGCCGCUCCAGACAGCUGCAGCUAGGGCUCCACGCGGCGGCCAUCUUGAGCGGUCUUGUUCGGGGGUUUUGUUUUGGUUUUUUUCUAAACAAUUAAAGUGGAAAAAAAUAAACUAACAGCAAAGAGAUGAAUCAA